GUAGAUACACAGAGUCAAUAGAGGACUACAAACUAACCGUGCCACAAAAACUAACACGCGAUGGUGAGUUUGCCUCAUUCGAGCUACCACAAUAUUUCGAACAUGACAUUACGAAGAAAAGACGACGAAGAAGUAACGAUGACGAAGAUAUCGCUCACUAUGGAGUGACGUUGAACGGGCAAGAUUACCACGUCGAACUUUGGCCAAAUCAUGAGUUCAUUUCACCCGACUUGAUAGUUGAACGUAGAGAUCCAAAGUUGAGGGCUGGUAGCGAGAGGCUGAAGAGAUUGGAUGAGAAAGUUUGCCACUAUACAGGUCAUGUCCGGGGUCAUAGGAAUUCGAGGGCUGCUCUAUCAACCUGCGAUGGUUUGGCAGGCUACAUAACGGUCGACAACAAACGGUACUUCAUAGAGCCUGUGGAGCACCACCAAGCCAAUAGUGAAGGACACCACUUGCACGUAGUACAUCAAAGUUCUCGAGGAGCAGAAUCAAAUACCAAUCGUUGUGGCACCAAAAGUGACUGGACGGAGGAAUGGAAAAAGAGGUUCAGAAAUAAGUUUCUCAACGAGAAAAAGGAGAACGUCGAGAAAAGAGGUGUAGCAAGUGAGCACAGGUAUUUAGAAACACUGGUGGUUGCUGAUAAGAAAUUUUUGAAACAUCAUGAGAAUAAGGAUGUGGAGUUAUAUAUUAUGACAGUCAUGAAUAUGGUGAGUAGGUUGAGCAUGAUACUCCAUGGUUUGGUCGUAUUCAGAGUUGUCAACCAUAUUGGGCGCUUCGGGUAUCAUUGA